AUGUCAUGGACUCAUAUGUACCUCUCCUCGCACCGAACGAGAUUCCUUUCUUUUCCUCUCGUCCCUUUCGAUCCUCUCCCUCCCUCCCCAAGGAAGGCCGGCGGCGCCAUGGCCGAGACGGCGUGGGAGCUCGCCGAGCUAUUCGUCCUCCGCCCCGUCCUCGCCAUCUCCUUCGCCCUCUCAUUCAUCCUCCUGAGCUGGUACGUCGCGUGGAGGACGGUGCUGGUGCACGUCCCGCUCGUGCAGGAGGUCGCCGGCCUGCGCCCGAAGAAGAAGCCCGCCAAGCCCAAGCCCCCCAACCGCGGCCGCAUCGGCAGGUUCUACCAGUCGCAGGCAGAAGCGCAGAGGGACACUAAAUUGGAAGGGACCUCUUAA